AUGGAUCCUGGCACGGUGUUCUCUGUUCUUGAGAUUGUGGGCGCGGUAGUGAGGCGCCUCGUCGAGGCCGGCCAGACUAUGCACGAUGCUCCGGAGGGUCUGACGCGAGUGAUCAACGAGACGGAGAAGCUUCGGGCGCUGCUGGACCGGCUCUUGAUCUUUCAACGUGCCCUUCCUCAGGAACAGCGAGACAUCCUCGACAAACAGGUGAACACGACCGAAUGGAGAGAUCUUCUGACAGACCUGGACAACCUCACGUCAGGCAGGAAGCCCGGAGACAUCGGAGGCGGAGGAGGGGAGAGGAUGAAGCUCGCUGACCGGUGGUGGUGGCUCCGGAGGAAAGACGUCGUCGAGGACAAGGUGAGGAAAUUGCAGGAACAGACCGAAUGGAUCUCGAAGCGGCUCGUCAACGAGUACCUCUUCGAACACCACCAACAGCUCUCUCAGAAUUCUAAACAAGUCUCCAAGAUACUGGACUUGGUCAUGUCCGUGGCGCUCAAGUUGAACCCGGACAAUCUGCCCUCGCCUCGAUUCGACGACAACGGCGUAUACUCUCCCUACAAGGCCGAGGGGAUCGCCUGGUACGGGCAGUACCGUUGCAAGCCCGGCCAGGACCUCUCCAUGCCCUACUUCCGCGACCGACACCUGCUGGCAGAAAGAGCCUGGGCAGGCAACUGGAAUGGGGUGAUGGAAUUGCUCGGGAUAGCUCGCAAGGAAUACAGGCAGAAUUGGAUCAAUUGCCCUCCGAUUUACAAAGCGACCGAGCAACACAAAAUCACCAGUGGGUUUAGACCCCUUCACCAAGCCGCGUGGCACGGUGACAAGUCAGCGGUGGAAUCUCUAUUGAAAGAAGGAGCCUGGCGUCUCGUGAGAACUUCGCGAGCGACCAAAGACUCGACCGAACACAGCACGCCACUGGACGUUGCCCGAGACCACGGGUGGAAAGAUCUCUACGACAAUCUCAGCCCAGUCAUCAGACGGCCUGUGAGCCACAAGACCCUGCACAUCCUACAGACGCACCUUAACGACUUGAUCAAAGACACCUUCGGCGGCCAUCCAGACGCGCAUCUCGACUGUUUUCUCCUCCCGGAGCUGGAAGUCCUGACCGAGUUUGACCGGUCGCGCAUCUGGUUCCCCCUGAACCCUGAACUGCCAGACACAAGGGACGGGAUCGCCGUCCACAUCAUCCUGGAGCGGAACGAGCUGGUUGCCGUUAUGCGAUGGGAUAAAGUCAAGAGGAGGACCUAUCGGAUUUCCACGUCGAAGGUCCAGGAGAUCCAGCAAGCCGUUGUCCUUCGCUAA